CCUGCCAGAUGGAAUCAAAUCUCAAAAAGAUAACCUUUAGCGCACUCUACCGGACUGAGUCUCUAGUCAGCCCGCUGUUGCUAUGACGACCGUUUCCUGCCAACAAGUCAAAACUGAAGUUGCAGCAAGCACGAUUAUAAUAUUUUCACGAUUCUAAAAAUGUCUCGGGCUCUGGCUGUAAGUGUUGUUGAAGCCAUCAUUCGGGAAUUGGUACACGAGUGUACCAUGAGAGGAGCUUCUCCACCGAUAGAUUUAAUUCAUUUGAAGAUGUGCACGGAGACACCUCCAGCCACAUACAGUCCUUCCAUUGACACAAUCAAGAUGCAAGUCUAUUUUGACAUGAAUUACAAGACUAGACGAGAGUUCCUUAAGGGAAUCAGCUGGAUGCUGGGGACGAGACUAAACCAAGUGAGCAGAGAGAUCACUGACAGCAGGGUGAAAUCCAAAGAGCAAUUAGAUGCCCUCUACCGUAAAAUCAUCACAUAUAUCCUGCUAGGCUCUGGCAUGGGCUCUCCUUCAGAUGCCAGCUCUGUGCAAGAGGCUACAGUUGCCUUGCAGAGCAUUUUCCCAUCAAGUGAACGCGGAGCCUUUAUGAUCCUCCCAAAGCGAGAUAAGGAGCAGCAGCUUUCUGAGCUCAUGAUGACUGUCACGGGAAUUCGACUCUUCAACAAAGCUAGCAAGAAAGAACAGGAGACAAACUUUUCGGAAUUAAUGCCUCCAGCUCUCGCUGAAGCGCUUUCGGCCACCGGUGAUGCCAUAGAGGUCGAGCUGAGUGCCUCCCAAAGUUUGGCGUGGAACUACACAGCAUUGUUAGAAAAGUAUCGUGGCAGUUGGCCUGAAGAAUAUGACGUGUCCCCGGUUCAGCUAACACAAGCACUCUACAAUGUCAGGCAAAGUGAAACAUUUCUCCGUGUGUUACUGGCUGAUUCACAUUUAUGUGUAAAAAGAAUCGAAAUCUUACAGAAGGACAUCUCAUCACAAAUGUACUUGCUGAAAACAUCUGUGCAGCCCAAGACGCCUAUGCUCACCGCAAAAGUUUUUCCAUUGUUGAAGGACCUGUCAAAACUAUGGUCAGAACUUCAAGAUGAAGCAGAGCUGCUGAACAUUUUAAACAACAUUGCACUCAGAUUGCAGUUCUUCCGUACCUCUCCGGACAAUAUUUUUCCCAAACAUCCUUUGGGGAAACUACUGGAGGGAAUAGAAGUAAAAACAGACAAACAAAGAAUGGAUGAGCACAUAGGCGAGUACAUUGACCCAUCACAGAUGAAGGAGCACGAGUGGCUCCACCCUGAAUCUGCUGACAUGCUUAUUGACCUCCCAUUGCAGUAUAAUGGAUUCUGUGGCUACACCCUUGUUAACAAUGAUGGUCUUAUUCUUCCAGGGAAUCCAUACAUUGGUGUGCUCAAGUACAAGGAGAAACUGUAUGUCUUCAUCUCCAAAGAAGCUGCUAUAAAAUUUGCCUACAACGCUGAUCACUUCAUUGAACUGGUGACAGAAAAAGCCAAGAGUUCACCUGAAUUGAUUCAUCUUCUCAAACUCCAUCAAACUCCAUCUUACGUGCAAGCAGGAAAGAAGCCACUACUUGUGAGUAAGUCCGAGAGCUGGACUCAAACAGAUCUUCACGUAAUGGCGACAAAUAUUGUGAAGUCAUAUGAAUGGAAUGAGUGGGAACUACGAAGGUCAGCUAUCAAACUGGCAGAUCUUCGGACAACAGUCACACAUUCAACUCAAACCCAUCUGAGCCACAUGAGACGGGAAAAUGACACUCAAACAUGGCUCCCCAAGCAGGUUGGUUGUCAAACGAAGAGAGAUGGUCAGACAGGUGUCCCGAAACCUCAGAUAUUCCUGGCUGGCCUUAGAGGAUGCAGAGGCGGAAAAAUGGAAAAAGUCAACCUUACCAGAUCUAUUAAUGAAUAAUUGGUGUCUUACCAAAUAAAUUGAAGCGAUACCUUGCA